UUGCGGGCAUUUGAGUUAACUUGUUGCACAAAGCAAACCCAAUAUCGAGUCAUCCGGCCAGAACACCUCGAUUUCUCUAUAAAUACACCAGCCGCCCUCUCGCUUCUCGCUCCGUUUCUUUCCCACAUCAACAAUCGACUUCUCCAAAACGAAUUAUCGCUUCAUCGCACCAUAGCUCACAAUACCUUCCACCCUUUCCCAAGGCUUCCAUUGGAACUUCGGACGCAAAUCUGGGAAGCGGCAUGCCUCCGGUCCCAAAGCUUUCAGGCAAUUCACUACGUCACAUUCAAUGGAUCCACGACCCAAAUGGCUCCAUUGAGCCAUAACUGGGACGACUCAAAGCCAAAAAAUAAGUCAGUCUACCUUUCGAGCGCUGGCCUUUGGACGGCUUGCCGAGAGUCAAAAGAAGUUGUCACCAAAGACUGGGUAAAGCAGCCUCGACCCGAAAACGAUUGGGACAUAUAUAUAUGCUGUCCAGGAGAAGAGGCCAACUAUUACUUUGAUCAUGGUUGGCCAGAGGAAGAAUAUAUGCCAAAAGCCUUCAUGUUUUACUCUGGGGUCGAUGGCGAGCACUGGCGUCAAAGCGUUUACCCUGAACAAGAUCUAUUCUGCCUUGUCCCAGACGAUUGGGAGUUGGUGGCCCGCAAUUGGGAGACUUGCGUUUGCUUCAUCAUUGCCGUCGAAUUUGACCCUUCCUGGAAUCUUUGCCUUGAGAACAAGACUGAAUCACACUUCAUCGAGGACGUCCCUGCUUCAUUGGAGUUUCUGCUAAAGUUGCUUUUCAGCCACGUACGGCAUAAUUUGCGUCAGGUGAUCAAGCUCAUUGUUAGAGAAGUGGACUGGAUCUUCUUGCAUUCUACUACUGUAUCACAGAUCCGCGAUUCUGAUGAAGAGUAUGUCGAAUUGUCAGCUCACGACGUUGAACCGUGUAAUGCUGACCGAAGAGGAAUACAAAUUCUCCGAGACACAGCCCUCGGAGAUUUCUUUGAAUAUCUUGAUGAGGUGUAUUACGAUAGACUACUAGAAAUCUACUGCGAUGAGAACAUGAUGAGCACUGGGGAUUAUGAAAGACGGGGCCUUAGCAGGUUCCACAUCCGGGAUCACUUUUCCAUACUCCUUUCUCGAGCCAAUCAAGUGGAGAAUUGA